GCUGGACUGCUGGUCCCAUCCCCAGUGGCCCUGGGGGAGAAGGGCCAGAGUCCAGCGGAUGGGAGGAACCUUCACCGCAAUUCAUUAGCCGGAAGAUGGACAUUGACGAUGGGACGUCGGCUUGGGGAGACCCCAGCCAGUUUAAUAACAAGACUGUCAACCUGUGGGAGAAGAAUGGCACUCCUGCUGGUCAUCAGUCAGAAAUGCAGGGCGACAAGGACAAGGACCACCGACCCAACAGCAGCAGGGGCCACCAGCUCUACAGCAGCCUGGACCUGGGAGGCAGCCCACUGGGAUGGGAGGCAGGGACAUCAACCCUGGGCCUGGGAGGCAGCCCACUGGGAUGGGAGGCAGGGACAUCAACCCUGGGAAAGCUCCAGGGAUGGCUCCAUCGUCCGGCUGGGACGGUGGCUCUCCCUCAGACCCACCGGUGGACAACGGCACUGCAGCCUGGGGGAAACCCACUGAGACCCCCACUGGCUGGGAAGACCCUGGGAAGACCACCUCUGGCUGGGGAAACCCAUCACCCAAUCCCAUCAAAUCUGCAGGUUCAAAGUCUAUGCAAGAAGGCGGCUGGGGUGAGGGCGACCAGGGCUCUGUGGCGGCCUCACGUCACUCCAGCUGGGAGGAAGAAGAGGAGGGAGGUGGAGGGUUGUGGAGCAGCGCUGGGUCCCAGGGUAGCAGCUCUUCCUACAACAGUGGGGGCUGGGGCCAAGGUCACGGGGGCAAGAAGCCCAACAAGGCUCCACUGAAGAGUGGAGGAGGAGACUCCUGGAUGAACCCCAUGAACAAACAGUUCUCCAACAUAGGGCUCCUGGGUGAUGAUCCUAGCGGGCGGCCUCUGGACCUGGCCCCUGGUCCUCCUCAGGAUAAGAAAAUGGAGGGAGAGAAGCGAGGGAUGGGCCUGCAUGACUACAAUGGAGAGAUGCGUAAAGGAGGGCAGAGAGGAGUAGGAGGUUUAGGGAUGCUCUACCGUUCACCUGGUUCCAAAGAGAUUGGGCCUGGCGACCCUGGGCCUUGUUAUGACAAGCAGCCCUUGCCGUUCACCAAUCAGGAUGGGUGCCUUGGGGAGGAGUACUCUCCACCCACUGUCUACAAGCCCUCCCCCCUCUACAGCCACACUAUCCCCCCUAGACAAGGUGGUCAUAACAUGUUUGGCGGCAGCGGUGGUGGGAUGCCCCAGUCCAGACACCAGCCCGGUGUGCCACCCAUCAACACGUCCGCUGGGAUACGAGCGCAAGUGCCUCAUCAGUACCUGUCGCCUCAGGUGCCAGGUUCCAUGCUGAAGCAGGUGGCACCUCCCAGUGCCGGCGUGGGUGGAGUCGGGGGUGUGGGUGGGGUGGCGGGUGUAGGAGGGGGUAUGUUCCCCCCUCAGCUGUCCCCCCAGCACAUUGCCAUGCUGAGCGGCAUCUACCCCCCUCAUAUUCAGUUCCAGCUGUCGUCUCUCCCUCUCCCCCAGGCCUGCCAGCUCCUCCUCCAGCAGCAGCAGAACCCCCAGCAGCUCACCUCACCACAGCAGCUACAACAGCUCCUACAGAACCAGAGAAAGUUCCCCCAGAACCUACGCCAGCAGGCCGACCCACAACAGCUGGCCAGGAUCGUGGCUGUUCUCCAGCAGCAGAGGCAGCAGCAGCAGGGUGUCGGAGGGGGCUCCAAACUAUCACCCUCAGACCUGGGAGGAGGAGGCCCCAAACUGCCUAUGGCCGACUCCCUGCCCCAUCCAGGCAUGGGUGGCUCUGUGGACCUGCACCAGAAAACACAGGGCUACUCUGGCUAUGGUGGAGGAGUGAACCUGUCUGGUCUGGACAUGGGUGGCUCGGUGAUGGGAGGCCCAGGGGGGAUGAAGGACAUGGGGGGGCAGCAGUCCCGCUUCAAAUGGAUGAUGGAGGGUCACUCUCCUGCCCCCUCCCCUCCUGAAAGCCUCAACAAAAACGGUCCUAUGUCCACCCCUAUGAGAAGGGGGGUCUCUCCAUACUCCCAGUAUGACAUGAUGGGAGGGGAGGGGCUAGGCAUGCCCCUCCAGAGGGACAACUGGCACCGUACUCCUGGGAACAAGAUGGGCUCCAAGCCCCAGGGCACGUCCAGCUGGCCUCCUGAGUUCCAGCCCGGCGUGCCCUGGAAGGGGAUCCAGAGCAUCGACCCAGAGUCUGACCCCUACAUGACCCCAGGGAGCAUGAUGGGAAUCCCUGGGCCGUCUAGCCUCAACGACACCGAGCACCAGUUGCUAAGAGACAACACGGAAGCCAACCCCUCCCUGAACACCUUGCUGCCUUCACCUGGUGCCUGGCCCUACAGUGCCUCAGACAGCCCCCUCAACAACGCACACAACUCGGCAAAGUACACAGAGUACAAGACCAGCUGGCCCCCUGAGCCCAUUGGACACAACAAGAUGUGGAAGACCAAUCGCAACCAACAGUCCCAGCAGCUGCCACGCCCACCCCCGGGACUCACCAAUCAGAAGCAGGCCUCGCCGUCCCGCGGCCCGUGGCAGGCCCGUGGCUGGGGCAGCUCGAGCGGGAGCCAGGAAACCAGAUAUGGCCCUGGCUCUGCUUGGAGUGAUGGGGGGACCUCCAGAGGAAGCUGCUGGCUGGUGCUCUGCAAUCUCACUCCACAGAUCGACGGCUCCACCCUCCGUACCAUCUGUAUGCAGCAUGGCCCCCUGCUGACCUUUCACCUCGGCCUGACCCAGGGCAGCGCUCUGAUUCGCUACAGCACCCCACAGGAAGCUGCGAAGGCACAGAGUGCACUACACAUGUGUGUCCUGGGCAAUACCACCAUCUUGGCCAAGUUUGUGAGCGAGGAAGAGGUUGCUCGCUAUUUUGCACAUUCCCAGGCGGGAGGAGGGGCCAGCGGAAGCCAGGGGGGGGCCACAGGGACAGGUGCAGUGGGGGCCAAUAGCAGCGGAGGGAGUGGAGAGAGGGAACGAGACAGAACCAGAGGAGGAGGAGAGGGCUCUACCCCUGGAGGAGGCGGCAGCUCGGGGCCGGUCAGCUCUGGCUGGCAGAGUUUGGACACUACAGGAGGCUGCCUGGAUACUACCCCUGCCCAGGGGCCCGGCCUGAGCAUGUUUGCCCAGUGGAGCAGCAACGGUGCUGGGGUGGUUGGGGGUGUGGAGCCCAGCAGACAGGGUUUGUGGGGAGGGAUGGGGGGUGGAGGGUACCCCAGCAGUAGUAUGUGGGGGUCCCCUGCCAUAGAGGAUCCACACCAGAUGGGGAGUCCUGCUGCUCUGCUGCCUGGAGACCUGCUAGGAGGAGGGGCUGAUUCCAUCUGAAUGACCACACCUAAUACAUGAACCUACACACACACACACACACACGAAUACAGUAUCAAUGUAUUUAUACUGUGUGUGUGUACACACAGAAUAAACAUGCACUUACACAUGUUCUCACACACACAUGCAUACUUAAACACACACAGAUGAAAUGACACUAGUCACAAACAUGCAGAUCCUCUGACGUUAACUCUCACACAUUGUGUCAUUAAUAGACCGUGACAUGCCAACACUACUCAACAUGCAUACAUACAUCUUUUUCCCUUAAAUGAAGACUUCAACAGCAAGACUUGAACAGACCAAGGUGGAAUCCGUUAGACUCACUCAUCUGGAUGACGACUCUUCACCCAUUAAGCAGAACUCACUGAGCAUACUGAGAUCCUAUCAUUCAGGCCCUGUAGAGAAACCAACAACGUUACAACACCCCUCUACUACACAAACCUACAGGAUGACUUGUUUUCACAGCACCGGGCCUACAGUACCUACCUACCUGGCCCAACCCUUUCUGACUCUCUCUUUCUCACCAGUUACACACUGCUAUGUCACUGCUAUGAUGUCUAAUGUAUCUUGUUGUAUGUUGGUUAAAUUGUGGAAAAAUCCAAGAUGUCCUUUCUCUCUUUUUAGUUUUUACUUCAAAAUGCUGACCUCGUUAUGUUUUCUUACUCAAUCAAGUUGGUUCUUAUGACAUGCUGAUGAUGACUGAUCACUUGUUACUAGCUGUACAAGGUGCCCUCCUGCCUGCCUGUGGAACUGUGCAUGAGAGGAGUGACGAGAUGAUGAUGAUGGGAGGAGUCUGUGGGUGCGUUUCACAGCUAAGACGAGGUGACGCAACAACCAAUGUUUGCCUGCCACGUCAUCAACUGACAAAUUGUUAUAACAUGAAGUGGUUAGCUGAUACUACGCCUGGAUAGGUAUUUUGAGUAAGAACUGUCAGGCAUCAGCAACGUCUAAGCAGAGGAACGCGCCCUGUGUGUGUCGUUGCCGUGGUGAAUUCCUUUUGGCAACGAGAACAUGAUUAACAAGUGUGUGAUGGUGUGUGAUAAAGUGUGUCUGAAAUGCUUUUCCCUUUCAGGGAGGCAAAUGUUUGUGUGACCGCUUACAUCAGGUGUUCUGUGUGUGUGUGUGUGUGUGUGUGUGUGUGUGGCUGGAAGUUCAACAACAUAGGCACUAAUGCAUAUUUCUCUUAAGUUGUGGUUUUAGCAGCAUUUUUUUUGGUCUGAAUUGCAAUAAUCAUUUUUUUUUUUUUUAAAGAAGCAACCAACUGAAGGCAUCCAUGUUAAGAUGCCAAAACUUACCAAACCAAGCAGGGCUGGAGCAGUGUUUUGCAAACACGUUAAAGUUACUAAUUGUAAAAUGUUUUGUGUAUCAAUUUAAAUUAAGACGGGCUUUAUCACUCCUGUUCAGGUUAUUUUAGUUUCUUUUGGGAUUUUACAAAGGAGGACAUUUUAAUUUAAGCAAACAAGAACAAGACAAUAAAGGUUGUAUUAAA